AUGGAGCUCUCGGCCGAGGAAUGGCGGCUCUACUGCCAGCCCAUCCCCAAAAAGUUCAAGCGGUGGCGUCUGUCCAACCCCGCUGCCGUGCUUGAGCGACUCUCCCGCACCACCGAGCAGUUCUGCUUGAGCGAGUUCAACGCAAGGGCCAACCUUCACAAGAAUUUUUCUUCCAUUUGCAGCCCCGACAAAACACUCACCGAGGCCUCCCUCAUCUCCUGGAUCGCUGCCAACCUCCCCGCCGACGUCGACAUCGAAACCGUCCCGGGCCUCGCCGCUGCCAUCCCGCUGCUAUUUCGGGCCAUCCAGAACCUUUCCACCUACCCUUUCACCCCUACCCAGUCUGACGCACCUACCGGCGUCACUUACGACGGCUUUUUGCGCGUAAUUGCCUGGGUUGCCCUUGCCCUGGACGGCCCCAAUGACCACCCAAUGGCCCACGCGCGGAUGUUUUUGGUGCCCGGGGAGAACCUCCCGGUUUUCGUGGCCGAUGGUGAAGGCGAUAACACCCUGGCGCGUGCGUUCGAGCUGGGCGACAGCGAAGGCGAAAAACCGGGGCUUAACUACGAGAUGUUUGACCGGGCUUUCGCCAAGGUCGCGCCGGCUCUUUUUGCGCCGGUUGAGCACCUCCUUGCACUUUUUAUUAAGGAGCCCACCCAACAACAGAACCCGCCACCCGCCGAGGCUCUGGACAGUCGCCCCAAAGAUGGUCUCCUCUCCCGGCGACGCCUGGCACAGCUUCGUACGCUGCUUCUAGCCAACGCUUGCGAACCCACUGAGGACCUAGAGCUCGGGUUCGAGUGGGUUCGGGCCGCCGUCGCUGGAGACAAAACCACGGCCGCUCUUAUCGAAGCCUUGCGCGCUGAGGUCGGAGACUUUCACCAAGGCCUCCUUCUGAUUCAAGGCCAGGCCGCCAACAUGGAAAAGCCAUACAUAUUCGGCUUCUACUCGUGUUGUCUUCCGACAGACGAGCAUGGGAUCCAGCAUCCAAACCCCACCGGCAACGAUCUCGUUCCCGCGCAUCUUUUCCAACUCGGGCCGGUGCAGGACGGGUUCCCCGGCGUGCCGGGGCGGCCGGCGUGGGUGACCGAGGGUGAGGUUGGGGACGAGGCUGUCACGCUCCGGUUCGGCGACCCCCGGGCCGGCGCCUCGCUGUGCCUCGACCUGGCGGCCGGGCGGGCGACGUUCCGCCACAACGUUUUCCCCGCGGCGGACGGCAGCAGCGUAAGGCCGGAGCACGCCGUCGUUUACCAGUCCCCGGUUUGGCGGGGGAGCUGGGAGGUGGAGAUGGAGGUUGAAAAUGUUGAGCUGUGGCUCACAGAUUUGUUGUGA